CGUCGUACUGGAAAAUACGGUUACUUUUUUCGACUUGGUUUAUCAGCGUUUGAAUGAAACUCGCUUUAACCCCUCGCGAUCCGCGCUUCUGUUCCCCUCGAUUAUUCGUGUAUGAUGAUGUCAAAAUAAUUUCCGACGACGUUGAAUAAUUAUUCCGCUGUGAACUUUGGUGAGCUUCGAGAUUCAUCAAAUAGUAUUUUUAUCUUCGCAAUGAGAUAUCUGGAUAUAACAUAAUUCCAAUAAAGCGGUCGAACCGAAAAGGGAUCUACGCACCAAUUUUAGUGAAUUUACAAGCACCCUUCGUUGCAAAGAUUUUUCGCGGUUCUUGAAUGAUCGACGAGCAGAACGAGCGAUGGGCCUGUUAACGAGGCUCAAAGGUUUCGAUUGAUUUUUUCCAAACAAAGGCGCCGAAGAAAAUCAGUCGAGAAGCGAAUUCGAAAUUUAUUUAUCAACAGUUUAAUCGGAAAUAAGGAAAAUGUCGAUGGCCUCGAUCGAGACGAUGGGGACGACCAAGGCGAUUGACUCCGGCGGACCACCGAAGAAAUUCAUCAAUGCGAAUUUAAUAUCGCUCAAGUGCCUUCUCUUCCUCUUCUUCGGCGGAAUGGGCUGCUUGUUUCCCUUUCUUCCGCUGCACAUGCUCGCGGUUGGUCUGACUCUUGAGGAAGCGAGGCUCGUCUCAAUGAUUUCUCCGCUGGUGGCGCUUCUCGGUCCACUGAUCGCGAGCCCCAUCGCCGAUAAACUCGCGGGUCGCCAGGGAACGAACGAGAAAGCGGCGGCAGCGGCUUCGACCGGACGUUAUCUCCGCGUGAUGAUCGCGAUCGCUUGUUUUCUCUCCGCGAUAAUGUAUUCGCUGCUCCUACUGGUCCCGGUAGUCGAAAGGAUCGAAUUGCCUCGCGAGAGACGACCAACCCUCAAAUUCUCUUGCGAUCAGGAUGGCGCUACCGUGCUCCAGGAACGGAGUCGCGAUUUUUCCACCUGCUAUAACUGGACCAGCGAGAGUCGCGUCUGCGCGAUUCUACUUCGGAAUUGUAAUUAUGGAUGUAGUCCGAUCUCUCCCAGACGCAAUCAUCUCAUGGCGAAUCUUCCGACAACGAUCAACGACAACGACGCUUUCGAGGGGAGCGGUGACACCGCCGGUGUCAGUCCGCUCGAAGUUGAACUCAACAGCGAAGUCGAGUGGAGGAUAAAGGAUAAUGAAAACUUCAGAAAGGUUCGACGUUACGUGAUACCGGAGAGUGAACCACCCCAUUUGUGUUUCAACGAGGGUGAAAAUAGGGUUUGCCACGCUUAUACGAGCUUUUCCGGGAGCAUACCCGUGAACGCGAGCUUUAGACAAGCCAAAAAUGCGCGGGAUCGACGAGAAUGGUGCUCUUAUCCGAUCGAGGAGGAUAUAAAAUGUCGAAUACCACGGGAACUGGAGAAAACGAUGGCUAAAUUUAAUCAGAGUUGUACCGUCGAGUGCGAUCUCCUCGAUCCGUUUAUGUUGCCAGGCAGCGUGCACAACGAAAACCAAUGUAGUCAGGUAGCGGGCGAUCCUGACAUAACAUUUUGGAUGUAUCUGACGAUAAGAUCGCUAGCAGAUAUAUUUCCAACGGCGGCGGUAGCUCUGUUGGAUGCGGCGGUCGUCAUCGCAACCCGCGAGACUUCCUGUGGCCGAGGAGACGUUGGACGACAGUUGGCCUUUGGCUCGUUGGGUUUCGCCGCUUUCGGACCCCUCGUUGGUUAUCUCAAUUCAUUCGUCCCCAAUAAUCCAGCCUAUUUUUUGCCCAUCGGUUUCCAUAUUUGUUUGAUGAUACUCGCUGCGAUCGUUGCGCUCUCUGCGAGCGGCAUGCCAUUGAGUCCGCCCGAAUGGUGGUGGCACACGAGAUCAGGAAUGCUCGCUGUCCCGAUGAGCGCGGUCAAGAGAUACGGCAGCGAGACCGCAGCCCUUCUUUUCGUUCUUCUCGUUCUCGGUACUUUCUGGAGUGCCAUGGACAGUUAUUUACCGAUGCAUUUGGCUAAUCUGAAUGGGGACGCUCUUACGAUCGGAGUAAUCCUGACGGUGGGUGCACUGCCGGCAGUAUUUUUCCUGUGGAAAUCGGAAAAUUUUGUCGAUUAUUGCGGUCACAGUAAUCUUCUGAUAGUCGCUUUCACCGUUUAUAUAAUCAGAUUCACCGGUUUGACUCUUGUCUCGGAACCCUGGUGGGCUCUCAUAUCCGAGGCUAUGGAACUUUUUACCCUCGGAAUAAUGUGGGUCACUGCCAUUCUAUACAUGAGGCAUCUCGUGCCACGACACCUCACCGCCACCGCUCAGGCACUGCCAGUCAUAGCACACUUUUGUCUCGGUCGUUGCCUCGGCGCGGUGAUCGGUGCUUACAUACACGCGGGCAAAACCGAAGUUGACUCCUUGAAAUUCGUUUAUCAGUGUAUGGCCCUUUCCGCGGCUGUAGUCGCUGUUUUAUACUUUGUUCUCUAUCACGGACUUUUGAAACCCCGAUGUCACGCUCAGACUAUCCAAGGAUCCAGAAACGCUCCAUCCGUAGUCCAAGCUGCCUUGCAAGAGCACGAACAGACCUUGAGUAUGAACGGAAAUGGAAAUUACACGCCACUGCGAGUCUAUCACAAUGGAAUGGCCAAGAAGGGUCAAUUUCGAUAUUAAUAUAUGGAAGAAAUAAAAUUCAUUCGAAUAUAA